CUACAGCUCCCAGCAUUCCUGCCCCGGUGGACUACAGCAGGUUCAAAAUAUCUGGAGCGCAUCAGGCCGAAGUCCGUUGGGUUAAAGUAUGAGUGGGAAAGGGCGCGGGGAAGUAUGCCUGGACCAGUUCUGCAGAGGGGGAGUCCUUCCUCCCGGGCAGCCUGUGGCAUGCGGGCGAUCGCUCGCCGCGCCUUCCUUUUGCAACACGGCAGAGGCUCCCCCGCCUGGCCUCGCUCGUGCACGGAAGCGAGCGGGCCGGGCCGGGUGGGGCGCCUGAUGCACGUGCCCGGGCCGAGACGCGCACCCGGGUGGCGUGUCAGGUUGCAAAUCGCGUACGCAGCAGCGCUUCUUCCCUCCCCUCCGCUCUCCACGCGUUGACGUGCGAGACGGCGGCGGUGGGGCUUGGGGCGUGAAGAUGGCAGCGCUGGCCGAGCCUCUGGGACUGGAGAGGGAUGUGGCCCGGGCGGUUGAACUGCUGGAGCGGCUGCAGCGCAGUGGGGAGGUGCCCCCCCAGAAAUUGCAAGCCCUUCAGAGGGUACUACAAAGCAAAUUCUGCUCUGCCAUUCGUGAGGUCUAUGAGCAGUUGUAUGACACAUUGGACAUAUCGGGAAGCCCUGAGAUCCGAGCACACGCCACCGCGAAGGCGACAGUGGCUGCCUUCGCUGCAAGCGAGGGUCACGCGCAUCCCCGUGUGGUGGAGCUCCCCAAGACGGAUGAAGGCCUGGGCUUCAACAUCAUGGGGGGCAAAGAGCAAAACUCUCCUAUCUACAUUUCCCGCAUCAUCCCGGGAGGUGUGGCCGACCGCCACGGAGGGCUCAAGCGCGGAGAUCAGUUGCUGUCAGUUAACGGUGUGAGUGUGGAGGGUGAGCAACAUGAACGAGCAGUGGAGCUUCUGAAAGCCGCACAGGGCACCGUGAAGCUGGUGGUGCGCUACACGCCCAAAGUACUUGAAGAGAUGGAGGCGCGUUUCGAGAAGAUGCGGACAGCACGGCGCCGGCAGCAGCACAACAGCUACUCAUCCCUGGAGUCACGAGGAUAAUUUGCCUCAUAACCUGGUUACUUGGUCCACUCCGUCUGUGACUUUCCUGCCACACCCUCCCUUCCUUUCCACAAUGGUUUUAUCUGUAUAGCAGGAGACAUAUUUAUCUACCUUCCUCCCCUUUGUUUGGGAGGUGGGCCUCUAUGUACAGUAUUUAUUCUCCACAUUCCUCUUAUUUAAAGAUGUUCUGUGUGAAUGA